GUGUUGAAAUUUCUGGUAGAUCAGGGCUGCUCCGUAGAUAGGUCAAAUUGUAACAAUUAUCCUUAUCUGGACAGUCGUCACAGUACGGUGCUGCCACUGAAGCACGAACCGUUCAACAUGGUCUAUAAAAACAGUUCGCGUUCCCGGUAGCCUUCUAGUUAUUGAACGGGAUUAUGUCCAAGAUAAACGAAUAGAGCGCGAUCAUGUUGUCGAGUAGCGUACUUUCGGUGCUAUUAUUGCUGGGGGUAGUGGAUUUAUGUGUCGGCAUCCGGCCUGGUAUUGUGUGUAGAAUUAAGGAUCCGUCGAUAGUGCAGAAGAAUUCCAAUGUACUGCUGAAUUGUCUGUAUGAAGUGUACCCAGUGGAGUUGACACAGGAUUUUGUUAGCAGCGUGGAUAGACUAGGCCCUCAAAAUAAGCUGUUUGCGUUAUAUGGUGGUGCCAGUUCGUGUAGUUAUUUUGGAAAUCUGAUCAAAACUCAAAACGGUAAACAGACCCUUGUGGAUACGAUUAAGACCCAGCUGCAGAAAAGUGGCUUCCGGGGAUUAGAUUUACAAUGUGACCCAGGGCAUCCACAAGUUUCGCAGAAAGAUUACGCUAAUUUUAUUCAACUGCUGCGUGAUCAAAUCGGUGGAGGAUACGUGAUAUCGGUGACUGUACGGACCACCACCAUAGAACAAUGUCUGGUGACCGCGCUAAACACGGCUGCUGAUCUGAUUAAUGUCCUACUAGAUGGUUCCUCCGUCCAAGCUCUGGUCGCGCUAGGAGUGAGCAGCCAGAAAAUUGUUUUGGAAGUGUCGCUGCCUCUUGUGCUGAGUUGCCCACUUGAUACUGGUGUAAACAACCUAUUUUCGGUGAUUGAUACCGCCGUUACUGUGAUCGACGGCCAGGGUCUGCUAGGUGCUACAAUCCAGCUUGAUCGAGAUGAUGUGGCUGGAGUCUGCGGCAUGGGAUGUUUCCCGUUGCUCAACAAACUGGCUUCCAGAUUGGAAGCGUGCACAAUUCGACCUGUGUCGCCGUGUGUCAAAAAUGGUCGCUGCAGUUUCAGCGGAUAUGCUCGCGACACUCGGGACUGUUCCCGUUUUUGUUCCUGCAACAACGGAAUGCAAAACCAAUUCCAGUGCCCCAAAGGAAUGUCGUUCGAUUUGUGCAGCAGCAGUUGUCAACCCGUUGUCCAGGUAAACUGCAAUCAAACCGCAUGUACUCUGGUGGGUGCAGUAAAUGUUGGAAAAAACAUUCCUAUUCCGAUCCCUUAUCCGUUUCCCUUUCCCGGAAACUGUGGCGGAAAUAACGGGAACAACAAUGGAAACAACGGUAACAAUGGAAACAACAACGGUAAUAAUGGCAAUAAUGGUAAUAAUGGUACUAACGGUUCCAAUGGAAACGGGAAUGUCAAUACGACAACCAUUAUUAUGGUCAACAAUCAAACCUCCGAGCUGUUGAAACUUCUGAAUGACACCGAUCUGGAGAAAACGAUAGGUGUUGUGAAUGAUGCGCUUAAGAACGUCUAUCCACCAUUGAAGAAUGUCGUUGAUUCGGUAAACCAGUUGCUGUCCGGUCUUCUGCUGGGUAACCAAGCUAUGAACGACACCAUGGGCAAGAUGGACGAAAUGCAGAAAAAGAUGGGUCUUCUGGAAAGUCUCCUCGAUGUUGUGAUAACAUUACUGAAGAAUCUGCUAGGGCUGGAUCUCAGUGGUUUGCUUGGUGGCCUGGGCGGUGGUGGUGGUAGCAGUCUACCCGGGGUAGGAGGUGGAGAUGUACCUGGGGUGGGUGGUUUGCUUGGCGGUUUAGGAUAA